GUCGCACUUCGAGCAGUGGCUUUGAGAGAGUCUGGUGUUGAGGAAAACCUUGACGUGGAUGAACCGCAGAGCGGCUUGCAGAAUGGAUCACCGGUGAACCCGGUUGAUGCUGCAUCAAAAGCCCGAUCAGCUGAGAUGGAAGCCUUGCAAAAGGCACAGGAUUUGGAAAGACUUGCGGCAGUCGCUGAGCUCCACGUGAUGGAGGAAAGAGAUGUUGCAAUUCGGGCCGAGAGCGAAGUUGCCGGGGGCCGGCAUGCCAUUGCCGUGGGACAGACUCCAUCAGGCUCGCCAUCAGAGGCGAGCAUCUCACCUGGCACGGCUGCCACAAGAGCCACAAGUAGCACCACGGCAGCGACCAAGAACGCAGAAAAUGAGGAUGAGGACGUGCCGGUGCAGCCAGUACUCCACUCCACGGCCAAUGAAGCGCCUGCCACAACCGCAACUGUGGCGAGCACCAGUGCUACCACAACCACCACUACAUUGAAGAAGGACGAAGAAGUUGAGGAUGACAACUUGCCGGUCCAGCCAGUGCUGGUUGCUCCACCACAGGUGGACAUUCACCAGACCUACCCUUCCAUCAAUUACAAGCAUGGUGGAGUACACCAGCUACCCCAGCCUCUAGAGAUUACGCCGGAAGAAUAUUCAGCACCCGUACCGGUCCGACCUGUCUUUCACACCGCAGCGGAGGAAAGUCCUGUCAAAACCACAACCACGACGAGCACCACUGCUACCACAGUCACCACGGAGGAAGCGAGCAGUUCAGAUGAAGAUGAGGACCAGUUCUGGGAGUACACUUCUGGUGCACCGGAAGAGACGACAGGCAAGCCCCACGUAAGCACAGGAACUGAGCAUCACGGGAUGCUUGAGACAUCCACAACAGCCCAGGAGGUCGAAGGAGACUUCGACGACACCGAGUCCGAAGAAGCCGAAGAAAGCACAUCUGUGGCCCUCGAAGCAAAACCAAGCUCGGUAGAAACAACCACUGAGGAGGUGGGGGAAGCACAGCAGACUUCAUCAACUACCGAGGUUGCAGUCUCUGCAGUCAUCACGACUGAAGAAUUGAAAGUCGAAGAUGUCGUUCAGGACGUGCACUCCACAGCAGCAACAUCCACAUCGGAGCAGGAAGAGGACGACGAGGACUUCACGGACGAAGAUGAGUUUGGCGAUGAUGGAAGUUCAAGCACCAGCGGAACUGUAACUGAGAGCCCGUCAACGACAAGAACUUCUCCGGCAGCGACCACGACGUAUAAGAAAGUUGACGAUGAGGAUGAGGACAUGCAGGUUAAACCCAUCGUCGUCGUUCCGGAGCAGGUGGAAGCUCACCAGACUACGGUCGAGGAAUUGCCG